AUGCUUAUUAGUCCCGCAAAGAUUUUGGUAGCUAACCCUAACUAUGACCGUUCGGAGGAAGUACUGUCCUUGAGACGGAAUGGCGACUCUCUGCAGUUUGAGUCGGACACAGAUGUGGACGUUCUGGAAAUAGACGAUGAUGAAAGACGCACACUAGCUAGGCAUCAAUAUCGCCCUCAUUCCCCUGUCCAGCAAGAAGAGAACGUUUAUUAUAUUGGUCUGCUAGACAUUCUGCAGCGAAAGAUCGUGGUGGAUGAACUCGCCGAAUUCGUGGCGUCGAAACCGUUUGAAUACUUCCAGGAGGAAUUUGAUAAAUUCCCAUACGGUCUUACGCGGCCACACAAUGAAGCCAGAAAGCCUGAUAAUGUCGCUAAAAACCGAUACCAAGGAAUAUAUGCGUAUGAUGACACGAGGAUCAAGGUUAAAGGUGGCAAGAAUGAUUACAUCAACGCAAACUUCGUUGAUGGUUUUCUUAAAAGAAAUGCAUACAUCGCUUCACUUGGCCCCAUGAAGAAGCAGAUGGGUGACUUCGGGAUAUUCUGGAAGAUGAUCUGGCAACACAAGGUGGAGAGGGUAGUCAUGGUUACCAACUUGGAUGAAGAAGGGAAAACGAAGUGUGAGAAGUACUGGCCUGAUGUCGAUGAUACAAAGGCGUAUGGUGAUGUGCUAGUGAAGGGAAUAACAGAGGACGUGUAUGCUGAAUAUACACGUCGAACGUUCAAAAUGACCCACGGUUCGAACUGUCGUACCCUUCACCACCUUCACUUCACUGCGUGGCCUGACAAGGGGAUCCCAGAGGAUGUGACAGCUCUGAUAGAAUUUAGACAGAGGGUCAUGCGAGUUCAGACCAAACUGGACGGACCCACGCUCGUGCACUGCAGUGCCGGUAUAGGCCGCACGGGAACCUACAUCGCCCUGGACAUUCUGAUACACGAGGGUGAGGCAGAGGGAGCCGUGGAGAUACAAGGAUGUGUGUUGAAUAUGAGAAGAAACAGGGUCAACAUGAUCCAGACAGUGGAACAAUACGAGUUUCUACACAGGGCCCUUGUUCACGCCUUGACCAUUGACUGCGCGCCCGUGGCCGCUAACCAGUUCGAGAACUAUGUCUCAGAGACAGGACAACAGCAACGAGAAAAGCAGUUCAAUCUACUGAUGUCUAUUUCUCAACAUAUGGUUCCUGAGGAACAGGACAAUAUGACAAGAAAUAAAAGUUUAAAGAACAAAAAUCGGCGUGGGGCUGAUAUCCCAGGUGAUGAAUACAGACCUCGACUGCAAGUCCUUUCUGGUACAGGCGACUAUAUCAACGCUGUCUAUAUUGACAGUUUAACGACAAAGCGUCACUACAUCGCAGCCCAGUCCCCUCUACCAGGCACCGUUGUGGACUUCCUAAGCCUGGUCUACCAGGAGGACUGUCCAUGUAUCGUCAGCUUUGAACAGACUCAGGAAAGUAAAGAUGUGGGUAUGUACUACCCAGCGGAUAACCAGGUCCUUUCUCGAGGAGAUUUCACAGUCAGCAGCUUCAAAAUGGACGAGCAGAUGAACAACUGUGUGCUGAGACGUCUCGUGGUGGAGAACAAGAAAAACGGAGGCCAUAAGAAAACGGUAACGCAUAUCUCGUAUGCGGACUGGGAACAAGACAAAAGCGUUCCAAAUUCUCCUGCCAAUUUCAUUCAGUUCAUUCACAAUGUGGAGAAAUUGGCGUCUGAAGGGACCAACCGUGGACCCGUUGUACUUCACUGUCUUGACGGUGCCAUGAAGUGUGGUUUGUUCUCUGUGGUGUCCACUUUGCUACAGAAGAUUGCGAUCUACCACGAGGUCAGCGUCGUAAACGCUGUCAGAAAGGUUAUGGCAAGGAGGCAUGGCGCUAUCGCUGCCCAGGACCAGUUUGACUUCUGCUACGAGUGCGUUCUGCAGUACAUCCGCUCCUUUGGUAUCUAUUACAACUUCGCGCCCUUAUGAUUCACUGACGAGACACUAUAUUGCGCAACCAGGCAUUGUUAUACAAGACGUUAACUCGAAAAUCGUUCUAGUGGGGUCUUUAAUAAGUGUGUUUCGAAGAUUAUCAUAUAAAGCGGCCA